AUGAGGAGCGAGGUGCUCGCAGCCCUGCUAGGGCUGUUCGUGGCGCUGGCGGCCGGUGUGGAGGACUUGAGCCUGAAGGACUUCGACUUUGCCCAGUUUUCAGGUAUCUGGUACGAGAUUGCCUUCGCUCCCAACCUGGAGCCCCAGGGCUCGCCCCGGACGAAGAAGAUGGGGGCCGUAAUGGUGGAGCAGGAGGGGUCCCACCUGGCCCUUACCUCCGUGUCUGACCACGUGAGCCGCUGUGUGAAGGAGAAGAGCCAGGCUGUGAAGUGGGACGCCCCUGGGAAGUUCAAGCUUCCUAUGGAGUCUGGAGGCAAAGAGGUCACUGUGGUGGCCACGGACUGCAAGACGUAUGCCAUCAUGAACGUUGUCUUCAGCAAAGGAGGGAAGGCCCACAGUGUCCUGAAACUUUAUAGCCAGAUGGUGGAACACAACGAAAAAGCCAUGGACAGGUUCCUCGUAAAGGCCCUGGAGCACGGGCUGUCAGCAGUGGACGUGCAGCUGCUCUCCAAGGACCAUGAGUGUCCGGGCCCCGGGCAGGCCUCUCUCCCGGCACCCAUCUCCCCACGUCACCGUCUUCUCGUCUCCACAGCCUUCCCAUCACGCCUGGAAGAGGAGUCUGGGGUCCGAGGGGCGGUGGGGCUGUCUGGGGCAGACAGAGCCGAGGUCCAGACCGUGGGCCGAGCCGUGAGGGGCUGCCUGAGGGUCGAGGCCAUCAGCUGUCUGUUCUGGGCCAGCUCCUCCACUGGUCACAGAGGCUGGGCUGAGAGUGCGGUCCGGGCACCUGUCCUGCAGCCCCUCACGCUGUCCCGUCCUACCGGGAGGUCCUUGGAGGCCGGGCGGCGCCCUGAGGCCCUGGCCUUCUGUGUCACAGGAGCUGAUCUAGAGGAGCCCCCGCCCCCAUCCCGGAUGCUCGGAGCCCCGCCCACCCAGCCUCCCCUGACCGCCCAGCCCUGGGGGGCCCGCCUGUACCUGCUCUGA